AUGGCACCAGUUAUUCGAAGAACCUCGUUUCCCAAGGUUCUCAUCGAGAGGGAUUCUGACUCUGAACAGAGUUCAUCUGAUGAUGAAGAAGAAGACCCUGAAACACUUGAUGAUGAAGAAGAAGAAGAUGGGGUUACUGGGAAUGGGAAUACCGAGAAAUUGGAAGUGGGUUCGGACGCAAGCAGGAAAGGGAAAGCACCCAUCACUAUCACUCUCAAAAAAGUUUGCAAGGUGUGUAAGAAGCCUGGGCAUGAAGCAGGAUUCAAGGGUGCUACUUAUAUAGAUUGCCCAAUGAAGCCUUGUUUUCUGUGUAAAAUGCCUGGACAUACCACUUUGACUUGCCCACAUCGGGUCACUACUGAGCAUGGAGUUAUUCCGGCACCCCGCAGAAAAACAUAUAAACCUUUGGAAUAUGUGUUUGAACGCCAGCUAAGACCGGCCAUUCCUUUAAUCAAGCCCAAAUAUGUGAUUCCAGACCAAGUGAAUUGUGCUGUUAUCAGAUAUCACAGUAGACGGGUAACAUGCUUGGAGUUCCACCCCACAAAGAAUAACAUCCUGUUAUCUGGAGAUAAGAAAGGACAACUUGGAGUUUGGGAUUUUGAAAAAGUACAUGAGAGGGUAGUCUAUGGGAACAUACAUUCUUGUUUACUGAAUAACAUGAGGUUUAGUCCUACAAAUGAUUGUAUGGUCUAUUCUGCAUCCUCAGAUGGAACCAUUAGUUGUACUGACCUGGAGACUGGAAUAUCUUCUGCUCUGAUGAACCUGAACCCUGAAGGGUGGCAGGGUCCAAACACUUGGAAAAUGCUCUAUGGCAUGGAUAUUAACUGUGAGAGAGGUCUUGUGCUCGUUGGUGAUAACUUUGGUUUUCUUCACUUGGUUGACACACGCUCUAACCACAAGACUGGUGAUGCAAUUUUGAUCCAUAAAAAACGUAGCAAAGUUGUGGGUCUCCAUUGCAAUCCAAUUCAACCAGACAUCCUUUUAACUUGUGGAAAUGAUCAUUUCGCUCGCAUUUGGGACAUGCGUCGAGUAGAAGCUGGAUCAUCCCUUUAUGACCUUGAGCAUAAACGUGUUGUUAACUCUGCAUAUUUCUCUCCGUUAUCUGGGAACAAAAUUCUUACUACAUCACAGGACAACCGUCUUCGUGUAUGGGAUUCUAUCUUUGGUAAUAUGGACUCUCCCAGCCGAGAAAUUGUACAUAGUCAUGAUUUCAGUCGACAUUUGACCCCCUUCAAAGCUGAAUGGGAUCCAAAGGAUCCAUCAGAGUCCCUUGCUGUUGUAGGUCGUUAUAUUAGUGAAAAUUAUAAUGGAACUGCCCUACAUCCCAUUGAUUUUAUAGAUAUCAGUACAGGGCAAUUGUUAGCUGAAGUCAUGGAUCCAAACAUCACAACAAUCAGUCCAGUGAAUAAGCUGCAUCCACGUGAUGAUAUCCUGGCAUCUGGGAGUUCAAGAUCUUUGUUCAUAUGGAAGCCGAAGGAGAAGUCGGAGCCUGUAGAGGAGAAGGAUGAAAGGAAGUUUGUGAUUUGCGGAGGAGCCAAGAAGAAACGUGGUAAGAAGAAUGGUGAUGAUAGCGAUGAAUCUGACAAUGAAGGAUUCAUUUCCAAGCUCAAGAAGUCCAAGUCAAAAAAGACUCCGAGCAAAUUGUCUCGUUGAUAUAUGAAGUCAGUUCUGCAUAGUGUAUUGAUAUAUUACUUUUUUUUUUUGGUCAGUUUUUCGAAGGUUUUCCAAUCCAACUGCUAACCCUGUAUAGGUGGCAAGCUUCCCUCCUAAUUUUGUUUUUUGGGGAUGGGAGGGGUGCUGUUAUCACAUAGCAAGCUUUCUUACUUGGCUUGGAAGAUUUUGUAUUUUUGUGUUGGAGCAGUGAUUUUGUAUCAGAUUCAAAUGCAGGCAUGGCUAACUUAUGUGAUCCCUUUUUGUAGUGCUAUUGUAUUAUAUUA